GUGCGACCCGAACCGCAAGUUUGGCCGUGGCAAGGAGGAAGCCCUGAGGAAGUACGUGGAUGACGGCCUGAAGACUGGCAUGAUUGUGGAGUCCGAGUCCGCGUUCUGCUCCCAGCCCAUGUUCGUCAAGAAGGGUGAUGGCUGGCGCGUCUGUAUGGACUCCCGGCGUCUGAAUGAGGCGACGAUCAGGGAUCGGUACCCGUCGCCUGAUGCCUUGGCGUUGAUUGACAAGCUGAAGGGCGCGAAAAUUUUCAGCAAGUUUGAUCUCACGAGCGCGUUCUGGCAAGUGAGAUUGAGCGCCGACAGUGAGAAAUACACGGCGUUCCCGUGCGACGGCAAGCUGUACCAGCACAGGGUCAUGUGUUUCGGGUUGGUCAACGCGCCGGCGAUGUUCCAGCGUCUGAUUAAUGAGGUCUUGGGCCCGCUCUCCGCUUUCGCUGGAGGGUACUUUGACGACAUUAUUGUGUUCCCCAAGACGCCGGAGGAGCACGAGCUCCACGAGAAGCAGAUGCUAGCUCGGCUGAGGGAGUUUGACCUGUACGUCUCCUUGAAGAAGUGCGUGUUUGGCACGUCGAGUGUCGACUUCCUGGGGCGGCGGGUCAGCGAAGCCGGAGUGGCGGUGGAUCCUCGCAAGGUGCAGGCGGUCCUCAACUGGAAGCCGCCGACUGACGCGACUGGUGUGCGUGAGGUCAACGGCCUCGCGUCCUUCAUGAGGCGUCAUGUGCCGAACUAUGCCGAGCUGGCGCGCCCGAUGACGAUGCUGACGCGGAAGAAUGUCCCAUUCGUCUGGUCGGCGGAGUGCGAGAAGUCGUUCCGCGCGAUCCAGCAGGCGCUCGUCCAGGCGCCGAGGUCGGAGUCCGGCGACGGUCUACAUCCGGUCGCCUACUACUCGCGCGUGUUCACGAAGCCAGAAGUCAACUACUCGGUCUACGACAAAGAGCUGCUGGCUAUCCUGGAGUGUCUCCGCGAGUGGCGACAUUACGUUUGCGGUUCUGGCAAGAUCACCGUUUGGUCGGACCACAGGAAUUUGCAGUGGUUUACGGAGACGCGGGAGCUGACGGCGCGCGAGGCUCGGUGGUGCGAGAUGCUGGGCGAGUUCGAUCUGGUCAUCAAGCAUCUGGAGGGCUCCAAGAACGGUGCGGCGGAUGCGAUGUCCCGUUCGGCGUCGGGAGCUGGGCCGAAGGAAAAGCUUAAAGGCCGGGUGCUGGACCCCGAGUUGUUGGUGGCCCCAGUCGCUGGCGAGGCCGAUGACGAGCAGAGCGAAGAUUUCGUUUUUUCGCCCGGAGCGACUCUGCCGAGCGCGCCUACGGUCAUGACGCCUACUGCCAUUCGCGAGGCUUUGCGGAAGGCGGUGGCCGAGGGGGAAGAGAAGGAGUAG